AUGGCAAUGCUGAAGCAGCUGACGGUGAAUGUACCUUUGGUAAAGGCAUUAGAGAAGAUGCCCAAAUACGAUAAGUUUAUGAAGGACCUUGUGAUGGAGAAGAGAAUAGUUAGCUACAAAUCAGUGGAUAUUCUUCACCAUUAUGAUGCCAUUUUAACAAGAUCCAUGGUACAAAAGAAAGUAGAUCUGGCAGCGUUCAUGAUCCCUUAUACUAUUAGGUCACUUGAUUUUGCUAAGGCCUUAUGUGAUCUCAGAGCAAGAAUUAACCCGAUGCCACUUUUUGUUUAUAUGAUAUUAGGUUUGGGGGGUCCUACACCCACUAAUAUGCAACUAGUGAUGGUAGACAGGUCAGUGAAGAGGCCAGUGGGGAUAUUGUAUGAUGUUAUAGUAAAGGUAGCCAGCUUUAUAUUUCCUACAUAUUUUGUUAUUCUAGAUUACGAGGUGGACUUCAAGGUACCCAUAAUCUUGGGCAGACCUUUCCUCAUAAUUGGGAGUAAGCUUAUUAAUUUACGAGAUGAUAAUAUACUUUUCAAACUUAAUGAUGAGGUAGUUCGGUUUAAUGUAUGCCAUUCUAUGAAGCAACACAAAGAAAUGAGUGUAUUCUCCAUUGUUGAUUUUUAUUAUGAGGAUGAGCGAGAGGUGCCGAUAGAGGAAAAAAUUGUUGUUGAAACUCUGGCUGUGGUUUUGAUAAACUUAGAUAGCGAAUGCAUUAAAGAAUAA